UGUGUCUAGCCGUUGGCCGGGUCUCGUGGUCGCAGCGCAUUUCAUUUCAGGAGUCGGGACUCGGCACGCUGCACGCUGCACGCUGCACGCCUGACUGAAACUUUUUUCCAUUCAACCCCCGGAAACCGUUAUAUCUGAAUCUUGCCCUUUCCUCUCCGGGCUCGAAUUGCAUAGUGACAAUGGCGAAAUCGAGCGCAGACGACGAUGAGCUCAGGCGAGCUUGCGAAACUGCUAUAAACGAUGGUGGAGGUUCCAAACAGCAGGUCGUCUUGUCGAUCCGCGUUGCUAAGAGUCGUGGGAUAUGGGGUAAAUCUGGAAAAUUAGCUCGUCAUCACAUGGCCAAACCUAGAGUUCUUGCCAUCUCUGCCAAAUCUAAAGGCCAGAAAACUAAAGCUUUUCUUCGUGUCAUGAAAUAUUCUUCUGGUGGAGUUCUUGAGCCUGCAAAAUUGUACAAGCUAAAGCAUCUUUCCAAAGUGGAGGUUAUUGCGAAUGACCCCAGUGGCUGUACAUUUAUGCUGGGAUUUGAUAACCUCAGGAGCCAGAGUGUUGCUCCUCCUCAGUGGACCAUGCGGAACAUUGAUGACAGGAAUCGUCUUCUGCUUUGCAUCUUAAACAUGUGUAAAGAGGUUCUGGGCCGUCUUCCCAAAGUUGUUGGUAUAGAUGUCGUCGAGAUGGCUCUUUGGGCUAAGGAAAACACGCCAGCUGUCACCAACCAAGCACAUCAUCCUCAAGAUGGGGGACCAGUUGUCCCAGAGGACAUGGAGGCUCUUCUUGGCACGUAUGUCAUGGGUAUUGGUGAAGCAGAGGCAUUUUCUGAAAGAUUGAAGCGAGAACUUCUUGCUUUGGAAGCGGCAAAUGUGCAUGCCAUUUUGGAAAGUGAACCUUUGAUAGAGGAGGUAUUGCAGGGGCUAGAAUCGGCAUCCAUUUGUGUGGAUGAUAUGGACGAGUGGCUGGGAAUUUUCAAUGUAAAACUUAGGCACAUGAGAGAGGACAUUGAAUCGAUAGAAAUUCGUAAUAAUAAGUUGGAGAUGCAAUCUGUAAGUAAUAAAGCACUUAUUGCAGAGCUUGAUAAACUUCUUGAACGGAUGCGUGUUCCUCCUGAGUAUGCAGCAUGUCUACUAGAAGGUUCUUUUGACGAGGCGCGUAUGCUUCAAAAUAUUGAAGCAUGUGAAUGGCUAACGGGUGCUUUACGUAGUUUGGAAGUACCUAAUUUGGAUCCUUGUUACGCAAACAUGCGAGCUGUUAAAGAGAGGCGUGCUGAACAUGAAAAAUUAAAAGCUAAAUUUGUGCGUAGAGCUUCUGAGUUCUUGAGAAACUACUUUUCCAGUGUGGUAGAUUUUAUGAUAAGUGAUAAGAGUUACUUCUCGCAGCGUGGGCAGUUGAAGAGGCCUGAUCAUGCUGAUCUUCGGUACAAAUGCAGGACAUAUGCACGCCUUCUGCAACAUUUGAAGAGCCUUGAUAACAAUUGCUUGGGCCGAUUACGAAAAGCUUAUUGUAGCUCCCUUAAUUUGCUUCUUCGUCGAGAGGCUCGAGAUUUUGCCAAUGAGCUUCGUGCUAGUACAAAAGCAUCAAGAAUUCCAACAGUCUGGCUUGAAGCAUCUGCAGGUUCCAAUCAAACUGUGAACAAUGCAGACACUUCUAGUGUUUCUGAUGCAUAUGCUAAGAUGCUUACAAUUUUUAUACCCCUCCUUGUAGAUGAGAGUUCGUUCUUUGCACAUUUCAUGUGCUUUGAAGUUCCGGCACUUGUUCCACCUGGAGGUCCUGCCAAUGGGAAAAAAAAUGGAUCCAAUGAUGAUGUAAAUGAUGACGAUUUGGGCAUCAUGGACAUUGAUGACAAUGACAGCAAAGUUGGUAAAACUUCGGCCGACCUGGGAACAUUAAAUGAAUGUCUUCAUGAGUUGCUUGAUGGAAUCCAAGAAGAUUUUUGUGCUGUGGUGGACUGGGCAUACAAGAUUGAUCCUUUACGUUGCAUAUCAAUGCAUGGGAUUACAGAGCGUUAUCUUUCUGGUCAGAAAGCUGAUGCUGCAGGAUUUGUACGCCUUUUGCUUGAUGAGCUAGAGUCAAGAAUUUCGAUGCAGUUCAGCCGGUUUGUUGAUGAAGCUUGCCACCAGAUUGAGAGGAAUGAGCGCAAUGUUCGGCAGAUGGGUGUCUUGUCUUAUAUCCCAAGAUUUGCGAUCCUUGCAACACGCAUGGAGCAGUAUAUCCAGGGGCAAUCUAGGGAUUUGGUUGAUCAGGCCUACACAAAACUUGUUAGUAUAAUGUUUGUGACUUUGGAGAAAAUUGCACAAACUGAUCCAAAGUAUGCUGACAUUGUGCUUUUAGAGAACUAUGCGGCAUUCCAGAACAGCCUUUACGACCUAGCUAAUGUUGUGCCCACACUUGCAAAGUUCUACCACCAAGCAAGUGAAUCGUAUGAACAAGCUUGCACACGUCACAUCAACAUGAUCAUAUACUAUACAUUUGAAAGACUCUUCCAGUUUGCUCGAAAAAUUGAAGAUUUGAUGUACACAAUCACACCAGAGGAGAUCCCUUUCCAGCUUGGGAUGUCUAAAAUAGAUCUCCGUAAGAUGUUGAAAUCCAGUUUAUCCGGGGUUGACAAGUCUGUCAGUGCAAUGUAUAGAAAGUUACAAAAGAAUUUGACUUCUGAGGAAUUGCUGCCUUCUUUAUGGGAUAAAUGCAAGAAGGAUUUUCUAGACAAAUAUGAUAGCUUUGCACAGUUGGUUGCUAAGAUUUACCCCAGCGAAACAAUUCCAUCUGUAGCAGAGAUGAAAGAGCUUCUUGCUUCUAUGUAGGGGGAGAAAGUUGAUCUUUUCAGAUGUGUACAGUCUUAAGAUACUUGUACGGAAAGAGAGUAUUUAUUCUUUAUUCUUUGGGUAAUUCAAUUCAUUCAUUUAGUGAAUAAGAAAGGUAACAGAUGUCUCUCUAAGCCCUUCUGAUGGCUAGAAUAAAUACUGGUGUUUAUAUCA